CCAUAAAUUUUGUAUGGAAUUCCGAUGCAGCAUUUAAAUUGAACAUCUUUAAAUACGAAUUUAUACAAGCCUACAAAAUGCCUAAAAUAAGUGAGGACACGAUGCGUGAGCUGGAUGACAUUUUGAGUGAGAAUAACACGGACGCGGAUCGACUGACGGCAUUUCUCAAACUCAAAGCCGAGGCAAGGCCACAGAAUGGACCUCAGUUUGUGCUGUUCGGUGGCGGUGAUAUUUCAUUAGAUGUUGACGUCGAUUUGAUAAAACUGCCCGCCGCUACGCAGGCACAAAAGCAACGAACAAUGCCCGAAGCAACACAAAAAGCAGCACAACAUGAAAAAUUACGAAGCAAGCUGCAGGAACAUUACUCGGAUAAAAAUGCGGAGCAGCAGCAACAGCAGCAGCAUAUUUUGGUGGCCGAGUCACAGCCGCAACCCGAGCUGCUUACGGAGAAUAUACCGCCUUUGGCGCGCUCCCACAGUUUGUCAGCAGGACAUGUCGUACCCUCGCCAGCUCGAGCGUCCAUCUACAGACGCCCCAGGAGCAUCGGUCGCGAUCUACUCAACGAUUUCGAUAAUGUGGCCAAUGACACAACGGCGCAACCUCUAAGCUCCCAGGAUUUCUUGCCCGAGGUAAGCAGCACGCCUGCUUUACGCAAGCCAACAUCACAACAACAAAAGCAACACAAUGGUCGCCAAGAGCAACAGCGUUCCCCAGCAGCAGUAGCAGCAGCUGUGGCAGCCGUCGAGACUAUGCCGUGUCAUGAGGACUUCGAGUCCAUAUUUCAGUCGAGCCUCAUCAAUAUGCAACGUCGAAGCGGGCUGUUGUCCACACAGGACAACCAGUUGCCAACGGCAAAGAGCAAGUUGAGCAAGGGUGCAACAUUUAUUGUGCUACAGCAAUCUGAUGAGCCGGCACAGCUGCAGCAGUUGCCCGCAAAGCGAAGCACAACGGGUCCAACAGCGCCGGCUACGAUAAAAGAGCUUUGUGUGAAACUGCGACGUCUACCGCAAAAAGAAUUGGUUAAAGCAUCACCAUCAGCAGCAGCACAGAACGGACUGCAGCGGGUGGUGCCAGAAUCUUAUCCAGAUGUAGAAGAAAUGAUGCGUGUAUUGCACAGUCCGGAAGAGGCAACAGCUGCAACAACUACGGCAACACCAGCAUCGGCAGUAGCAGCUUCUGUCAGCUGUGGCAUACAAACCUCAUGCCAGAAUGGUAUGCAAAUAGUUGACUCCAGUGAGAGUGACGAUGAGGCCGGGGACAACGGUGCACCACAGAAUCUGGCACCAAGUGGUGGCAACAUAACCCGCAGGCAACGCCUGCUCCAGCAAAAGCCGGCAAAGGCCACAACCCGUGAGCAACUGCUCGAUUUGCAUUGUACGCGCAUGGGGGACUCGGACAAAGGCACUGCGUCCACUCAGAAGCUAGCGCAGGCAGUACUCAAUAAGCCAUCAGGUCCGGCCAUCAAUGUGGAAGAAAUGAUGCGUGUAUUGCACAGUCCGGAAAAGGCAACAGCUGCAACAACUACGGCAACACCAGCAUCGGCAGUAGCAGCUUCUGUCAGCUGUGGCAUACAAACCUCAUGCCAGAAUGGUAUGCAAAUAGUUGACUCCAGUGAGAGUGACGAUGAGGCCGGGGUCAGCGGCGCACCACUGAAUCUGGCACCAAGUAGUGGCAACAUAACCCGCAGGCAACACCUGCUCCAGCGACAGCCGGCAAAGGCCACAACCCAUGAGCAACUGCUCGAUUUGCAUUGUACGCGCACUGGGGAUUCGGACAAAGGCACUGCGUCCACUCAGAAGCUAGCGCAGGCAGUACUCAAUAAGCCAUCACGUCCGGCCAUCAAUGGUGAACAGUUCGCCAUGGAGCUGGCGCGCAUGAGCAACUAUGAGAUACUCGACUUACGCAAACGCAGCUCAAAUGGCAGAUUGAUUCCCCUGAAUGGACAAAAGACGACCACAACGGAGGAGCAGCGGAAGGUCGUGGUGCAAAGCAUACAAAGGGAGUUGCAGCGUCGCAAUCUACCCGAUCCCGACGAUGAGUUACCCAAUGGUGACGAGGCCGUCAGCAGUUCAGUACCUGUCGCACGGGAACCAUUGCCGCCAGAGAUUUCUAUGCUGCCGUCGCCACCAGAGAUUUCUAUGCUGACGCCACCGGCGCCAGCAUCGCCGCCUUAUAGAUUCAGGAAUCCUAUGCAGCGUGCUGCGAAGAACCAACUGGACACAUCGCGGCAGAAGCAGCGACUUGGGAAACGCCGCGAUCCGCCCAUGACCGCAGAGCUGCAGAAUUAUUUGAUUCUGUCGCAGACCAUUGAGGAGCGUAUCAAAAAGCACUCCGGCUUGGGUACCAAACGGAGCCUGUACACUAAAGGCAAUUCCGAUUUUGAGGAUAAUAAUCUGUCGCCGGUGCCGGCGAAGCAGCACCGCUUCAGCAUCAUACAGAUUGCGCCUGCACCGCCAACAGAUGCUGGCUGCAGCAUGCCCAUCGGGGAUAUACCAAUUGUGUCACCGCCACCAGCAUCCAUACGCUAUUCGCAAUGUAUGCGGCGAUCACGAAAAUCUAUUCGCCAUAUCAGUCCGCUUGAUGUUGCUCAGGAAUCAGGUGCAUCGCAGGAGGCGGAGGACGAAGGGGUGCAGCAAGAGCAGCAACAGGACAGAGAUGUUGCUGGGGUGGUAGUUGAAGAGGUGGAGCGUGAGUUAGUGAACGGUGAGGAGGAUGAAUAUGUCGAUGAGAUUAAGGAGAAGGUUAUGGAGCAAGAGGUACAGGAGCGUGCGGAGGAGGAGCUAACGGAAGACGAGGUGAUGAGGGAGGAAGUUCCAGAGCAUUUGGAUUGCGAAUCGGAGGCAGUUGUGGAUCAGGAUGAGGUGGAGGCAGUUGUAGAGCAGGAGGAGGCAGUGGCAGUGUCAGAGUCUGAGUCAGUGGCUGAGGCGGAGGCGAUAAUGGAGAACGAUAGGCUUAGCACUGAAAUGGAAGAGUUGCGUAUGCAAAUAGUAACACCGCCGCUGGACGUGGAGCAGACCGACUUGGAUGAUCGACCAAGUACCAGCAAAGCAACACGCGAAGCCCUGCAGCGCUCAAUGCAGAAGCAAUCACGAUCCAGGAAACAAAAUACUAAGCAAAGAACAAAGCAGACGACGAAGUCAACAGAAAAUGAGGAAGCCGUUUUCAAGAAACCAUCGGCGCCUGCUCCACGUAAGAAGCCGGGAUUGAAUAAAAUUUUAAAGAAUUUGGAAAUCACGCUGGUCAACGAGACGCUGCCGCCGGAGGAGAAUGAAGCACGCAAUGCCCACGAUGAGACAAGUGGCGUGCGCAGAUCGAGACGUGGUCAAGUGCCGUUGCGCAACACUUGGGUGCACAGCAUAAGUAAUCCCUUCAAGCACACCUUCUUCGAGCGCUCGCUCUCCAGUUUCCCGGUUAUGAAAGUGAAGAAGCUCAGAGAGGGGGCAACGCUCAGUUGGAGCACGUCCGUCACUGAUGAGGCGCCGCUCUACAGCAGUACACCACAUAUUCAGGAUCCAGUGGUGGCGGCCAGUGGCUCAACGCUGAAGCGCAAGCGGCACGACAAACGACAUGAGCCGUUGGAGUUAACGGGCAUCUCACGACUCGCCGAUGUAACUGAAGAAGCUGAGGAGCAAUCAUUGCCCCAUAUACAGCAGACCACGAAGACAGCAACGGCAAAAUAUUCCCCGCUCGAAAAGCAAAGGACAUUGGGGAAGUUAGCCAAAAAGUCUAGGACUCGUAUAAUGUCAUCAGAUUCAACAGCAGAAGCAGAAGCAGAACCAAUGCCAAUGCUAAUGCCGCUGUCAGAAGAAGCAGAACCCCAGGCAGAUCAGGCAGACCAGGCAGCGCCAGAGCCAGCAAUGCCCAAAAAGUUGCGAAAGCGUGGGCGACCCAAAAAAAAUGUUGGAAAACACAAUCACAUACCUUCAGAAUCAGAAGCACAGGCAGAAGUCGAAACAGAAGCAGCGCAAUCAUCAAUCUGCCAGUCGGAACCAGUUGUAGCUGUUGCCGUGCAGCCGCGCGUUGAGGUUGCUUCAGCGCCAAUUAUUACUGCAGCAGAAGCACAACUGUUGCAAGCGAUAUCCUGGCUGCGUUGCACCAGCGACGUACCGCGCCAAUCCCUCAGAGAUGAUAAUGAUUAUGAGUGCGAAACCGAUUCAAUGCGCUUCACAUCGGUAGCUGACUUGGAGUUCACGACCAUGGAUGGCCUUGAUUACGCCUUCUACAAUUCGGAGGAAUCAUAUACCCUAGGCUUCAUACGCUUCCAACCACUGCAAGAGCGUGGCUCAAAACGGAAUAAAACCAAUAUACUGCGUUUCAUUGCAAUUAUUGGAGAGUUUGAUGUGGAACUCGAGUGUGACGGGAAAAAUUCGCUGAAUCGAAUCUUAAAGCCAGGCGAUAUGGUUGAGAUUAAAAAGGGCAAUUGUUUUAAUAUUAUCAACCGCUUAAAUGAGGUCAGUGUCCUGAUCGUGAAUCGAAAGUGAAUAUUUAUGUAUGCUUAUGCAUAUAUCCGAUAUUGCUUGUCGCAUUUCACAAGUCGUCGAACAAACGGAAAGGAAAGGAAAAUCAAUUACAACCCAUAUAUAAAUUUAUGCUGAAAGUAUGAUAUAUUGGUUUCCUCUUUAACUUAUGAAUAGUUCUAAAACCAAAUUCUUAUGCGUAGAAAUAUAUUUUGUUAUCACUGAUAAA